AUGUUUCUUCAGUUGUAUCCGAUUGGAGUUCCUUCGGGCGACACUCAGACUCUUUGUUAUUCAGAUAUGCUUGGCAGUCCUCUUUGGCAUCUGGUACCACUAAGAUCAUGUCUUCGUCGCAAAUCCGUGCGGGACGUUGUCGAGAGCCAAUUGCGUCACAGACUCUCUCGAUUGACAGCUAUAUCGACUAAAAUCAGCCGUCCAGUCAAUUGGGAAAUAGACGCAUUGGUCACACUCCUUCUCUUCAAUGAAGUCUCUCCUGCCUUCAGAUCCUCUUGUGCACUUGAUCUCUCCUCUUUGGCAGUCGCAUUUUUGGAUCAUUAUCAGGCUCGUCGUUCCGUUUGUCCUGCUUCAUCACCUAUCUCCAUGGUAAGCUUCAUCUUUUGCUGGCCGGCCUAG